ACACGUUUUUGUUCCUGGUUUGUACAGAAGUAGAAAAUGGAGGCAGCAACAGCGGCUUCUCCACUCAUAAAAGUUGUAGCUCUUUGUGGUUCUCUUCGUAAAGCUUCUUUCAACAGAGGCCUCCUGCGCGCUGCGACGGAGAUAAGCAGGCAGUCGAUCAACGGAUUGCAAAUAGAGCAGGUCGACAUUUCGGUGCUGCCGAUGAUCAACACGGAUCUCGAGGUCGAUGGUACCUUUCCCCCAGUAGUUGAAGCUUUUCGUCAAAAGAUUCUCGACGCUGAUUGCUACCUAUUCGCCUCCCCUGAGUACAACUACUCUGUUACUCCACCUCUUAAGAAUGCAAUUGAUUGGGCUUCCAGACCACCAAAUGUCUGGGCAGACAAAGCUGCUGCCAUUAUAAGUGCAGGAGGAAGCUUUGGUGGUGCUCUAGGACAACGUCAUCUCCGUCAAAUUGGAGUAUUUCUUGAUUUACAUUUCAUUAACCAGCCUGAGUUUUUUGUGAAAGCAUUUGAGCCUCCUGCAAAAUUUGAUGCGGAUGGCAAUCUGAUUGAUGAGGCUUCAACCAAGAGGUUGAAGGAAGUUCUACUAGCUUUGAAAGCCUUUACUUUGCGACUCAAAGGUAAGUGCUGAAACAAUCUGUGAGUGCUUCAGCUGCAAUUGAUAUCUGGUUAAUAAAUGUAAUUCUAUUCUUCUGUCGUGAAAUAUUUUGCAUGGUCUUGUGUCCAGUAUCUUGUGAGGUUUGUAUUGAUAUGUGCACUGAUUUGAGCAAAUACUCAGUUUGAUGUCCAAUUUGAAAUACUUUGCAUCAAUAAUAUUUGAUUGUUUAGUUUGGCUUUUCUAGCAAAAA